AUGAAGCCGUCUACACUCCUCACUGCAGCCGUCCUUGCGCUCUACGUUACGGGGGCCGCCGACGCCCUGUUCCUGACCAGCUUGGCCCUGCUCCCGAUCACCGCGAUCACAAGUCUCGGUGGCAUCGCCGGUCUCAAGCUCGCACUCGCCAUGAAGAUCCUCGGCAUGCUCGGCUGGUGGAACGUGAGUCGCUACGGUGUUGGCCUGCGCGCCGGCAUAGAAAGCAGCAAGCUGCCCGAUCGCUUCGUGCCGCUCCCCAAGCCCAAGAGCAUUUUCUCCGGUCCGACGAUCUCGGUGCCUAUUGCUGCGUUGCCGUACUUCCUCGGGGGCCGCGUCCAGAGGCCGCUCACCCUCCGGCUGCCCGUCAAGGACUUCAUCAUGCUCGCGAACGCCACCACCCACUUCGAUUCGGCCAAGGUCAAUUUCUCGACGCGGGGCUCGGCGAGCGUCAAGGGAACCAAGGGAUCCGCACUUCACGCAUCUGGAACGCUGAGGAGCCCCUUGCUCAACGUGGAAUCUCGGCAGACGGCAACCUUGCGCGGCCGACGCAGCAUCGAAGGAGACCCGCAGGUGAUCAAGGACGCUGUCAACCUGGUGCACGAGUUGGAUAGGGACCGCUGUAUACUGCGGCUCUCGUGCGAGGUCAGCGCGGAUGCCUCCAGCUACGGUCCAUACGGUCGCCGCGUCGCGUCCUUCAUGCGCAGUCUCGGACCCGUGGGCAGAGACUCGGCCUUCGUCGACUUCGAGAAAGCCUACAGGCAGGGCAGGUCCUACGGCAUGCCUGGCUGCACCCAGACGUACUCUUCAUGCAAAGUGGAUCUCAAGGCGCUGGUGGCCUUUGUGCAGUCAUCUUGAUCUGUGAUAUCAUCCUGAUCUGCGA